AUGACCACUACUAAUUCUAACGGAGACAUCCAAGCUUUUCCGCCGGUAGUAUUGGGAACGACGCUAUACGACUUACUUCGUGCUGAACAGAUCCAUGGCGAGGAGGCACUUGAGUCUUUGUGCCUGCUCAAGCCUAAUUCAGACCCACAAUAUGGAACGAGUGUACCAUUGUCGAACAAGUACAUCAUUCAUUCGGCGCAAGUCGAUUCCGAGGAAGACCUAGCUCCUCUUCAGCUCGAGAACUGCAGUCAUUUGUUGAUGUUCUUCGCCGGUCCGCUCAAUGUAAUUUUUCUGGCAGCUGAGGGGGGAGAUGAUACAGCUAGUCUAUCAAGGGAGAGUGUGGAUCGUAACGCCCGCAGAAGCUUCGGAGUCAUUCAGCAGACUCAGCGACCAAAUAUCUACACUUAUGCGAAUAUCGAAGACUUUGUCGCUAACCAUGAUGGAUCGAAGAUUAGAUGGGGUUUUGCUAUGGAUUUCGCAGAACGAUUACCAUAUCUUUUCCAUCCAGAACUCGUAUACGAGCUGAACAGCAAACGAUGGCUGGCAGAGUGUGAUCUGAAAAGCGCCAAUGACCGUAUACUCGACUGCGAGAUUGACUGCAAGCACCAUCAGCACAGAACGACAGAUCACAAACAGAGAUGGUAUCACAAUCAGAGUUGCGAGACUUGUACAGCUGGGGUGCGAGACGAGGUCCAGCGUGUAGUCGGCAUUUUGAAGACCAGGAAACUACCCUUCGUGUUGAAGUUGACUCAGAGCCUCAGCUCAGUCGGAACUAUCAUCGUGAAGAGUGAGGAAGAACGCAGUGACGCAAUGGAGCAGAUCUCGCAAUAUCUGGCAGACUAUCUCCCUCGGAUUACCAAGCAGAAUGUGCAUCUGAACACUACUGCCCUUAUACUGUCAGAUUUUCUUCCUGGUGAAACCAUGGCUCUUAACUUUUUCGUUCGCCGAGAUGGUACUUCGAUCUUCUUGGGUGCAUGUCAUCAGCUGGCGACAGGCGAUAGCGGUAGGCAAGCCACUGCUAUCACCUAUGCCGAUCAAGAGAAGUUGGAGAAGAAAUUCAGGGACAUGCUUGCGAGAAUUGGUAAAGUCUUGAAGGACGAAGGAUACUAUGUUAAGCUAACCAGGUCGAAGGGUGCUUGCGGAGCUGAUAUAAUGGAGACUGAGAAUGGCACCCAAAAUGUAAUCGACCUCAAUGUCAGAACGCCACUUAGUUUGGUGCUAUACCUGUUGGGUGACCAUUUCCAGCAAAGAGGAUUGGGUAUGUCUCUGGUCUAUGAAUGUGUCAUGUUAAGCAUUUCGAGAAACGAGCUGGAAAAGCGAUUUGUAAAAGAACUCCACGAAGCAAGAAUCGUUCUGCUUGGAGGCACGAAGCUGGGAGGUAAGGACAGGUAUGGCUACGGCAUGGUAUUGGCAGGGGAAGACAGGGAUGCUAUCGAUGAGCUCAGCGACCGAAUCCUCAAAUUCGAAUUGUGA